AACCCACGAGCACCAACAAGUAGAAAUUCUUCAUUCCGUGAGCAUGAUGUCUAACCAGAGAAACCACUUUUCUCUGCCAGACUUCAGCAGCCACAGAGAGACUCGAGAGCCACAGACGCAUACGCUUGCUGUCAUCAGUUGAGGAGGGCUGAAGGAGACGCUGUGCAUGAAGGGGCGGAGACAGUGAUGUCAUGGCCAGCAGCAUCCAAUCAGACAAACAGGAAGUCCAGCACAAUGUGGAAGCAGGUGCAGGUGCUGAGAGUCAGACAUCUGCAGCAUCUCCAGCUAAAGCCACAGAUCAAGUGUUUAACGCUCGGAGUGAUCUCAUAAAUGGGAUUGGAGAUGCUGCUCUCAAAGCUCUGCUUGAUGGCCUUCAGACACCCACCUCUGACAUGGGCCCAGUGAUUACAGACAGAGAGAGGAAUGAGGUUCUGCAGAAGCACAGUGUGACUGAGGACCAGGUGACCUGCCUGGUUGACAUGGUGCGGAAGAAGGGUGAACGGGCCUGUGAGAGAUUUCUCUCCCUCCUUAAAGAAGUGGAGCCUGGUGUCUAUGACCAACACCAAAUGAUCCUCAAUCUUAAGGAGUGGAUCUGCUCGCAGUAUAUGACAGUACAGGAGUAUAACUCCCUACCUGGACAGGACGUGCUGUUGACUGACCGCUACACUGACCUGCUGAUAGUCCAGCAACACAGAAAGCAGGAAGAGAAAGAGGAGGAGAUUCGUUUCAGAGGAGCGAGUCUCUUCAGUGCCAGGGAGGCAUAUCAAAGCACCACUGUGGACCAGUUCUUCAGCCCUAAUGACCGUGGAGACAUUCCUAAAGCAGUCAUUCUUCAGGGCCACUCUGGACAUGGCAAAUCCUUUAUGGCACAGAAGAUCAUGUUGGACUGGGCAUCAGGCAGCCUCUUCCAGGAUCGAUUUGAACUUAUAUUACACAUGAGAUGUAAAGAACUGAACCAGGUGUCUAGAGAGAGGAACGACAGGUCUGUGGUGGAUCUUGUGAGCUGCGAUAAGACAUUUACCCCACUGAUCUCACAGAAAUUUAAGGACUCACCACAGAAGGUGCUCUUCCUCAUAGAUGGAUUUGAUGAACUGCGAUUCACAUUGAGUGAAAUCAGUGACUCAUCUGUCAAAGACCCUUUCACACCAGCUCCUGUUGAGGCCAUUCUGAGGGCUCUGUUGAAGGGGUCAAUCCUUCGUGAUUGCUUCCUGCUGGUCACCACCAGGCCCACUGCUGCAGACACUCUGAGCAAACUGCUCAAACACCCUCUGCGUUCCACUGAGACCCUGGGUUUCUCUGAGAAGGGGGUGCAGGAGUACUUCCAGAGGUUCUGUCAAGAUCAGCAGGUAGCAGAAAAAUCAUUGAAGAGUGUGAAGGCAACUGGAACACUCUUCUCUUCCUGUUCCAUUCCAGUCAUCUGCUGGAUUGUCUGCACAGUUUUCCGGGAGCAGCUAAAAGAAAAUGCUGAAAUGGCUGAACUGGAAACAACCACCUCCAUAUUUGUCCACUUUGUGUCCACUCUGCUGGAUCAUCACUGCCAGGGUUUGAGUCAACCCGUCCCUACUCUGCUGAGGAGCCUGGGCCAGCUGGCAGAGAGAGGGAUGCUGGAGCAGCAGGUCCUGUUUGAGAAGGAAAGUGUGUUUAGUACAGUCUCAGAUCCAGCCAGUGUUCCCUUCCUGUGCAAGUUCCUCCUGAAGAAGAAAGUCUGCCUGGAGGAAAUGUUCAGUUUCAUGCAUCUCAGCUUCCAGGAGUUCUUUACUGCACUCUACUACACCUCAGACCAGAAUGAGGAGAAAGUCAAAGAGCUGCUCGGUUCCGUCAAGGAAUAUGACGACGAGUCCUGUGUCCUACCUGUCAUUCAGUUCCUCUGUGGUCUCUCAAAUAAGGAGGUCAUACAAGACCUGAAGAAACUUAAGCUGUCUUCCACUCCUUCCAUUCGAGGACAGCUGGAAAAGUGGAUUCUUGAACGUUUUAAGAAUAAUAAAUGUUCAAAGAAAAGUAAUGAGUUGCUGUUCAUUCUCCACUGUCUCUAUGAGCUCCAUGAGGAGGAGUUUGUGAGGAGAGCCAUGGAGGUUUGGAGUGAGAUAGCCUUUGAAUCCAUUCCCCUGAAGAGGACAGACUGCUCAGUGCUGCUGUACUGCCUGCAGCGCUGCCCGACCAUCAGAAGCCUGGAGCUCACAAAGUGCAACAUCACAGCAGAGAAGAUGAGGAUGCUGCAACCUGCACUGAGCAGGUGUGAGGAGCUACAGUUAGAUGUUGAGAAGCUGUGCGAUGCUGAUGUGAAUGAUCUGAUCUCAGCUCUGGGGGAAGGAAAGAUCCUGAGUUUCCUAGGUGUGUUGAACAGCAGUCUGUCAGAGGAGAGUGUGCAGCAGGUCCUCAGCGCCCUCUACAGGCAGAAGUCUGUGGGUACAGUUUGGCUCUUUGUGAAGACCAUCAGCAUCACCACUGCUGAGAGGCUCCUGCAGUUCUACAACACCACACAGAACACAGAGUUUGUGGGGGUGCGCCUACUGAAGGGGGCUGAUACAGCUGACAGUCUCUGUUCUGUUCUCAAGAUGGGAAGAGUGGGGGGAGAUUUCAGUCUGACGAUGAUCCACUCUGGAGAUUCCUCUCCUGAAUCUGAAUCCUCUGGACUGCGUCUACAUCUGUGGUUCCCCUCACAGAUCUCUGACAUCACACUGAGGGAGAUCCUCCACAGGUUCCAUCAGCUGAGACGUUUCACAGACAAGAGUCUAGAGCAUAAUGAGUGUGUGGAUGCUCUGUUGUCCUCGCUGGCCUCUCUGCCUGAUCUGAAGGAGGUGGUUCUGCAUGUGAGCUGCUUGACUGAGAUCUGGGCCACCGGGAUCCUCCAACUCGUCCACACCUGCCCCAGUCUAGAGGCAGCAGUGUUUAAAGCCGCUGUCUAUGAUGAGAGUUUUGAGUGGGAAGAAGGUUUGUUGCUGGAGGAGGGGAUCCGCUUACUGCAGGAGGCUCAGAUCCCAGACUGUGCCAUCAUACUUACAGGGAAGCGCUGCUGUAAAGCCACUGAGAAGUGCACUGAGUUUAAGGACAGAGACCUCAGCUGUAAUGAACUGUGGGUGAUUACAAUGAAGGGAGAGUCUUACACUGAAAAAAGACGAGGGGCGGAUGAGGAGAGGAGAGUGACGAAGAGGAGAGUGAUGACGGAAGUGAAGAAGACGGAGGUGAAGAAGAGGAGGGUAAAGGAGGCUCAGAGGUAAAUGAACGAGAGAGGGAGGGAUCUUCCUCACAUCUCCACACUGAUGAAGAGACGGCAGCAGAAGAGCACGCUGCAGCAGUCCAACACAACCAGCAGCAGAAGAAGAAGAAGAAGAAGAAGAAAUGUGUUUUACUGUGAUCUGCCAUCCAGCACUGAGAGUGUUGAUUCAGAACUUUAGAUGUGUAUGUCCCAGCACUGAGAGUGUUGAUUCAGAACUUUAGAUGUGUAUGUCCCAGCACUGGGAGUGUUGGAUUCAGAACUUUAGAUGUGUAUGUCCAGCACUGAGAGUGUUGGAUUCAGAACUUUAGAUGUGUAUGUCCAGCACUGAGAGUGUUGAUUCAGAACUUUAGAUGUGUAUGUCCCAGCACUGAGAGUGUUGGAUUCAGAACUUUAGAUGUGUAUGUCCAGCACUGAGAGUGUUGCAUUCAGAACUUUAGAUGUGUAUGUCCCAGCACUGAGAGUGUUGAUUCAGAACUUUAGAUGUGUAUGUCCAGCACUGAGAGUGUUGAUUCAGAACUUUAGAUGUGUAUGUCCAGCACUGAGAGUGUUGAUUCAGAACUUUAGAUGUGUAUGUCCCAGCACUGAGAGUGUUGAUUCAGAACUUUAGAUGUGUAUGUCCAGCACUGAGAGUGUUGCAUUCAGAACUUUAGAUGUGUAUGUCCCAGCACUGAGAGUGUUGAUUCAGAACUUUAGAUGUGUAUGUCCCAGCACUGAGAGUGUUGGAUUCAGAACUUUGGAUGUGUAUGUCCCAGCACUGAGAGUGUUGGAUUCAGAACUUUAGAUUUGUUCAUGAUUAGUUGAUGUUGUGAUGUUUCAGUUGUGUGUUCUUCCACAUACAGUAUGAGACUGUUGAUGUUGUCAUGUUCCUGUGCUGUCCCUGUGUGUACCUGUGAUGCGCAUCAUUGGAGAUAAAAGGUUCCUCCCAUUGGCCUGACUGGGUCACAUGACCAUCAGCAGCAACACCAAUCAGCAGCCAUCAGCCCUGACAGCACAAGGCUCCAUACUGCUCUGUGCUGAUGCUGCCAGUGUGCUGGAGCAGAGGGCCAACACAUCAGCCCUGGACAAGUCUGAUAGUACGGACAUAGAUCUGCUGAGCAUAUCACUUCAUAUAACCGCUUAAAUCCAGCUUGCUCUUAAACAAAUAAAAAUGUGCGAAUGCUGCAAUAAUAGAUUACCUGUGUGGGACUGCUUUGACUUAAAGAAUAUUUGCUUAAAAUGAAAAGUGUUUUUGCUUAGACUUAAAAUGGCUUGUUUAAAAUAUGAGUGUAUUAUGUUUUUGAAAUGUGCUUUGAAAGAUACUUACUGAUUGAACAGAACUGUAUGAAAAUGACCCCCCUUGAAAUCUUUCUUUUUGGACUUCAGACUUUGCAGAUUGAGAGUGAGAAGGCAUUUUAUUUGUUUUAUUAUUUUGUGUCGUACUCAAUAAAGUCAGAACCCUACCCUUUGGUUAGGGGUUUUGUUAAAAGACC